GCUGUAUGUCACGUCACUUUCACUUUUAAAAAAAAUAUCAGGUUGAUUCAGUUUUCCUUCUAAUAUCACUAUGAAGAAAAAAGAAAUUAUGACUGAAAUAAUGACUUUUAUUUUUUUUAAAGAAAAGAUUAAUAAGCAAGCAGUUUGGUAAAAUGUUCUAUUAAUAAUUAAGAAUUUUUUUUAACAAAACUGCUUUAUAAACAUUUGAAAAACGUUUCACCGCCAAAUCAAAGUCAAGUGGUGCAACCAACAUUAAAAAAAACAAAAACUAAAUGUAAAAGGAAAUUAUAUCAUAAAAAGCGACCCCUGUAAACCCUCAUGGAUGUGUGUCAAGGUCAAUGAAUAUUUUAAAAUAUCAGAUAUUUUGACGUUUUAAUUCAUGAUAUUGGUUUAAAAAACUCUUUACUAGAUGACAAGUUUUCAAGGUGUAAGGAAAAUGUUACUACUUUUUGCUCAAUGGCCACACAAUAUAAAAUUUUUAUGUCAUUAAUUUAAAACAAAAAUAUUAUGUUUCUAAGAACCCGUGUUUUAAACUAGAUUUUUAUUUUUUUAUAGACACUUUUUCACUAACAACAACACCAGUACAUAUUGUUCUCUUUAGACUUCCAUAGGUUCAAAUCAGUUCAAAUCAAAUUCAUUUGGUGAUUAAUUCUAUUGUCAGCUUCUGGUCAUAUGACUAAAAAGACUUUCAAUUUAACAGGAGUCGUGUGUUGAAAGACUAGAUGUGAUGGUAUUAGUCACCCUGUAAACCAAACUACAGGGUAUUUUUGGAAAUAGUUUUGAAGUUUAGCAAGCAUGUCCUAAAGUAAUAGUUAAGAAACAGUUUUUGUUUUCAAUUCCAAAACGUUUUAAGAAGUUAAGCAUUAACAUGAGACCUGGAUCAGAUAUUAACCUGAACAUCUGUCAGCGCUGUACUGAGAACCUGGAGUGUCUCAGUAUAAUGAGGGCAGGAAAGGACUGUACUGUCAGAGGCUGUUUGAUAGACUGCCAGCAUCGGGCCUGUACUCAAACCUACCCUGGGCCACAUUCCUGAGUAUACCCAAGUAAACACUGUCUGCAAGGGGGCCCUGGGAAACUUGUGCAUGAAAUGUAAAUAUUUAGACAAUAUCAGCGUCCAUUCAGAAUGUUCUGGACAAUUAGAAACUAGGUUACAUAGGAGGAAUACAUCUAUUUUGAAUGAUCUGAUCUUUCUCACUACAGCUAUCACUGCAACUUAAAAUCAGACAUUUUGAAACGGCUUUUCUUAGUAUAUAACCAAAUAACUUUUUGCCAGGGAAGUGAGAUUGUAAUAAGUGAGAAUGUUUGCUCAACUUCAUUGACAGAUUAUUGCACACCAGAGGAGAUCAUUUUUUACGGUUUACAUGUGUAUUGAACAUGCCGUUUCUUUAAAAAAAUCCAAGAGGAUGAAGCCUUUUUUAAUUAAUUGCGCUCUUUCAGAUAGCUUGAAAGCAAGCUGUUGCCCAGUACCCAUGUUGCUCUUGGCUCCGUUUAGUUGCUCUUGAAAGAGACAUGGACGGCAGCGGUUAGAAAUAUGAGGAAGGAAUAAUUGCUGUCUGUGUUUGGGCAAGCCAGGUGUUUUAGUUUCUUAUCAGAGGACUUGCGGUUUGCCACCUGUUUCUACAUUACUCAACUUUUCUUAGCAGGUGGAUCCUUUGCUCAAUUUGACCUGGAUUUGUCUGUUGACAACAUGUUAGGGUUAUUGAUGGCUGACGAAUGUCAACUAAUCAACUAGUCCUCCAACAACUGACUAGUCCAGUUAGACAAAUGCCCCCUAAUGUGAUGAUCCCUUUUUGAGCCCUCCUCCCGCUAUGAAAAAAAGGUCAAAUGCAUAAAUGUAAUCAAAUGUAGAUGUUAUAUAGUCACUAGCUCCCUGUCCAGCAGUUUUUGCAUGCAAUGUCCCCCGUACAUUCACCCCAUGUCUUGUUUUCAUUCGCGUCUGGCCUCUACCACAUGGACUUUGUUAGCUCAUCAAUGUUUAUGUUUACAUUUACAAUUAUGCGUUUAGCAGACACUUUUAUCCAAAGUGACUUACAGUGCAUUCAGGCUAUACAUUUUUUUUUUUUAAUCAGUAUGUGUGUUCCCUGGGAAUUGAACCCACAACCUUUUGCGCUGCUAACACAAUGCUCUACCACUGAGCCACAGGAACACUACGUCAGCAUCUUUAGUGUCUUAGCACACUAAACAAGAUCAGAAGCCCCUUGUGAAAGUGAAAAUAUUUAAAUGGUUAAUAAACUAUUUGGACAUUCCAGUUAACAGCAAAACCCAAACCCGAUAAUCUGGAUUAAAUAAAACUUGACACUUCUGAGGUUUCGGGCAAGCUUCAUAGAGAAAUAAUUUGUAUAAACCACAAUUAACUUUUUUCAACUGUUAUAUUAGUCAGAUUUCAGAUAUGCAUCGCACACCCAGUGUCUGAUAAUUAUCUCUACUCAUUUUGAUGUAAGUUGGAGUGUUAACAGCAGCAGGCAGGUUUGAAGGUGUGUAAUUAACUGGCAGUGAUCCAGCUCACCUAUCCUUACAGCCACACCUGAUGGAAUGCAUUAGUUAGUUCAGUGUACGAGCUUACUGCAGCAGUAUCGUUAAGCGUGUGAACAAAGGAGUACCGCUCAAGACAAAUGGUCAACGGUUAGAAGAGUUCAGUGGAGUUUUCUCAUCCAAGACGUCUUUGGUGGAUAGGAGGUGGAAAUCUAGUGGCUUGGCGUUCAGGACCUUGCGGACCGGCUGUGUGUUUUGGAGCAACUUGAGGAGCUUCUUCAGUCCAGUGACCCUAGCCAUUGUCAGCACCAUGAGCAGUCAGUAUUGACACACGACAGCGUCUACAGCAGCCACAGAGAUGUUUCGGAAAAAAGCCUCAUCCUCCUUGAGAAUGCGAGGAAUAUCAGAAAACAAUAGACGGAGUGUGGACCGUGCCCGAAGCUCCUCCUUCCAUGAGGUAGGCAGGUCACGGGAGCUGGAAAUGAGGGCGGCAGCCUCAGUUUCAGAGGACACAUCGGCUAGCAGCAGUAGCGGUAGUGGCCAUACGGUUCUGCAACGGCUCUUACAGGAGCAAAUGCGCUAUGGCGAGGGCCGAAAUUAUCUUGCCUUGCAGCAACAACAACAACAACAACAACAACAGCAGCAGCAACAACAACAACAAGGUCCAGUAAGUGGAUACCCGGGCCCUGGCAGCCCAGGGGACGAGCACUCGAUGGUCCCUCACAUUGCGAGGCAGGAGCCUCAGGGCCAGGAGCUGCAGGCCGACAGUGGCAUGGAGAAGCUUAGCACACGCACUGCAGGAGGAGGAGGUGGUGGCAGUGGAGGCACGGGGUCGGGUGGUGGAAGCUGCGUGAGCAGACAAGGGCAGAAUCCUGAAGACUUGCCCACCUAUGACCAAGCCAAGGUACAGUCGCAGUAUUUCCGUGGCCAUCAGCCCCAGCAGCCUCAACCACAGAUACCACAAUCAGUAGGUGCUGCAUUUUAUGUGACUGGCGUCAGCAACCCUAAGGUGCGACCCCCAGAGGGCAGGCCUACGGUGCAAAGAGUGAAUGGAGGCAAAGUGCACCAAGAUGAUGGGCUCAAGGAUCUUAAACAAGGCCAUGUACGUUCGCUCAGCGAAAGACUAAUGCAGCUCUCGCUGGCUACCAGUGGAGUCAAGGCCCAUGCACCUGUUACCAGUUCACCACUUUCUCCCCAGCUGCCUCCACCUGGACUUCCUGGAGACUACUAUAAACCCACUGGGCCCCCACACAGAGGCCCACCUCCAGACUACCCUUUUAAAGGAAUGCCCUCUCCACCUAAACAGCAGCAGCACCAUCAGCCUCAGCACCAGGAGCCUGGGCACUUCUACCCAGACCACCGUGGCACAAGCCAGCCAGCCAGGGCUGACAUACCUCAUGUCCGUUACCAGCCACCACCGGAAUAUGGCUCUUUCCGGUCAAAUAAGGAGAGUUCAAGUCACUCUCAAAGGUCUGUCCAUCACCACAGCCCUUCAUCUUCUGUUACAUCGGGGGGAUCACUCUCCCGUGCUCAGUCCUCCACUCUCAGCAGCAUCAUGGCCUAUUCCAACCCUCCUCCACCUAUGGGUCACCAGGGAGAGCCCUUCUCCACUGGUGCUCGUAGCCCACAGGGGCCUGGUUCCCACCAGGGGGAUCCAUAUGGUCCAGGUCACCCUCCCCAUCAGCGGAGCCACGGGUUUCCUCAUGAUCCUUAUGGGUCGGCUCCCAGGGGCCUCCACAUGCAUCAGCACCAGUACCACCAACAGAGCCCCCAGCAGCAGCAACAGAGUCCAGGACAACACUACCCACAUCCACACUCCAUGCAGGGAGAUCCUUACGCCAUGCUAGCCCGUGCCCAGCAGAUGGUGGAUAUGCUGUCUGAAGAAAACCGCUUGCUUAAGCAAGAGCUGGAAGUGUGUGGGGAGAAGGUGUCCAAACUACAAAAGCUGGAGACUGAGAUCCAGAUGGUGUCUGAAGUCUAUGAGAACCUGGCCAAAUCAUCCACAAAGAGGGAAGCUCUCGAGAAGACCAUGAGAAAUAAACUGGAGAUGGAGGUGCGCAGGAUGCACGAUUUCAACAGGGAUCUAAGAGAGCGAAUGGAAACGGCUAACAAGCAGCUCGCUGCAAAAGAGUGUGAAGGCACCGAGGACAAUCGCAAAACCAUCUCACAGCUUCUGGCUCAGAUUAAAGAGAUUCAAAGAGAGAAGGAGAAGCAGGAUAUCGAGUUGAAUUCACUUCGCUCCACCAACGAGGACCAGCGCAGACACAUAGAGAUCCGUGACCAGGCCUUGAAUAACGCCCAAGCCAAAGUGGUCAAACUGGAGGAGGAGCUGAAGAAAAAGCAGGUAUAUGUGGAGAAGGUGGAGCGGAUGCAGCAGGCUCUAGCACAGCUUCAGGCUGCUUGUGAGAAGAGAGAACAGCUUGAGCAUCGACUACGCACUCGACUGGAGAGAGAGCUCGAAUCACUGCGAAUGCAACAGAGGCAGGGUGGUUCUCAGAACCCAGUUAGUCCUGAGUUCAGCACAGCGGCUCUGAUGGAGCACCUGAGAGAAAAAGAGGAGAGGAUUUUGGCCCUGGAGGCCGACAUGACAAAAUGGGAGCAGAAAUACCUGGAGGAGAGUGUCAUGAGACAGUUCGCGCUGGACGCUGCUGCUUCUGUGGCCACACAGAGAGACACGUCCUCUGCCAUCAUCAGCCAUUCCCCCAGCAGCAGCUACGACACUUCGGUGGAGGCACGUAUCCAGAAAGAAGAAGAGGAGAUCCUCAUGGCUAACCGCCGCUGUCUGGACAUGGAGAGCAGGAUCAAGAACCUGCACGCUCAGAUCAUAGAGAAGGACGCCAUGAUAAAGGUACUGCAUCAGCGCUCGCGGAAAGAACCGGCCAGCAAAUUAGACGCCCCUGCCAUGAGGCCCUCCAAGUCCCUCAUGUCCAUAGCUAUGGGCACCGGCAGCUCCAGUGGCUCCGGGCUGCUGUCACACUCUCUGGGUCUCAGCGGAAGCAGCCCCAUCACGGAGGAGCGCAGGGAAGACCGCAGCUGGAAGGGCAGUCUGGGUGUUCUGCUCGGCCCAGAGUUCAGAGGUGACUCUCUGAGAACAGAGUCCAUCUCCUCUUCUCCAUCUCCAGUCCUGCCCUCCACCCCCAUGCCAGCCGCCGCACACUCAAAGACCGGCAGCAGAGACAGCUGCACCCAGACGGAAAAGGGUCAGGAGGCCAGCAAGCCGAGCACACCUGCCCUGCAGAGCGUAUCUGGACCGAGCCGGAUCAGCAGCCCGAGCCCAGUCUACAUACCCGACCGCAUCGCCGAUGUGCCAGUGUUUCACAGCAGUACAUUAGAGAGGAGAGCUCCAGUGCAGUCGCUCCCGCAGCAGAGCCUGCCGUCGUCGCCACUCCCAGUGCAGGACAUGGACAGUGAGAUGGUGGAGAUACUCAUCUGAUCACACACACAUUGAUAGAGAAACAACUCUAAGCAGGUGAAGGAAUCCGUGCACUUCUCUUCUCUCCGUUACUCUCAGAUCAAGACUGUCAGGAUGCUUAGGAAUGCAUUCGAAUCUGCGAACAACAAUAUACAACGUCAUUUACAAUCAACACUUUUUUUGUACAGUAUUGUCUGGUGGUCUUUUUCCCAUCCAGACCCUCGGACCAAAUAUCUUGGCAUCAUUUUUUACAUUUAUUGCACUACUUUGUGUUUGUUUUUACACAUAUUUUUUUGGUUAUGCGAUUGUUUUGUUGUGUAUAUGUACUAAUAAUACAAAUGUGGCACUUGAGUAUCAAGCGAUAUGGUGACUAGCCGAACAGUUGUUACGUGUAAAUACUGAACCGGAAUACUGUAAAACUGAAUGUCGUAGGGCCUUUUGUAUUCUAGGACGCAUGGUCUGAGCAGUGGACCAACAAGCGUUUACCUGUGUCCACAAGCUCAUGUAUCCGUAUGUGAAAGUAUGAGUAACCCAACUGGUUUUGGGUUUGUCUGUGUGAGAGUCUGUAGUUUUCCAAUCAGAACUGAGGUCCAUCAUUCCAGUAGAGCUACAGCAGCCACAACGUGCCUUGAGUGAGAGGUAUCCACAUUUAGCGCGUGGUGAUAGCCAGGGGUCCUGGAUUUCCCGGUCUGUCCUUUCACAGUUUGGAAAGCCUCCAAACCUCUCGUUUCAAUGUGAUGGUUACUUUUAAGUCAUGGUUUUGUUUUGUAGAUAACAAAUUAGCUUUUAUGCAGUUUCGUGGUUGCAAGACAGACUUUUAGCUCUUGACCAAAGGAAUCCGUAAAAAAAAAAGACAAAUUAUACACAAAUGUAUUAAAGCAGGGCCAAGCAACGAUCCUCGUAUUAUUUAGAGGGUCUAACGUAAUUCAAGAUUACAUGGAUGUGUAAAUUAGAUUCUUCCAUGAAGUCAGUAAAUAUCUAUGAAACCAUCUGAUUUCAAGGCUUUUUUUAUCAUUUUGUCAUGUGCUUCUUCAGAAUGACCUCUGGAUCUAAAUUGUAAGUGAUUUUCUGCUUGACGCUUGCGUACGUCAGUGUGAUGUCUGUUCGAUAUGUCCGUUUUCAUCUGGAACAUGUCACAUUUCGAGUGUUUGCACAUCUGAACCACUUUUCUAAAACGUUCCCUGGCAGAUGAUACAACAACAUUGAGCUGAUUCAUUUGUGUUUCUCAGGUGCUUAUACACAAAUACGAUAAAUAGUCUGUCUUGCAGUGUGUUAACUGGGGUUUUUAUCAUUUCUGAAUGAAUAAACAUUCAAACGCAAGUUUUUAAAGCAGGCCGUCAUGUCAAAGAACUCAGAACUUCAGAUGAAUGAUUCUAGAUGAAUUGGAUUAAUAUAAUUAAUACCAUUUCAAAUGUUGAGGUCGGUAAGAUUUUUUUUUUGUUUGUUUUUAAAUCUUUUAUGCUCACCAAGUCUACGUAAAUUUCAUCGAAACAAUUUAAAAUGAAAG